UGGCUCGCGGGCUGUAGGCUGGUGGCCGGCAGAAGCGGAAGAAAUUGUCAAGAACCGUCAGAUUGUGAUAAUGGCCGCUCCGGUGAAAAAACGUGAUAUCCAACGAAAUUCUUUGGAUAGAAGCAGCGAUGACGAUGAUGGAAAUUCGUCGAGCAGUGAAGACAACGAACUAGAAGUUCAAGAUCAAUUGGGAAUGGAAAUUCAAGUUGACUUUGAGGGAAGAAAUCCGUUGGAUCCGGAUUAUCAUGGGAUUAAAACUCUUUUGCAACAACUCUUCUUGAAAGCUCAUAUAGAUUUGGGUAGUCUCACAGAUCUAAUUAUUUCGCAAAAUUACGUGGGUUCGGUUGUUAAACAAUCGGAAGAUUUAGAUGAGUCAGACGAUGAUGAAGAAGACAGUGAUGUCAAUGAUGUUUUCGGUAUUACUACUGUAAUUAAUUUAUCUAGUGGACAGAAUUACCCAUGUAUACAACAGCUCAGAGACUUAUUAAGGCAAUUGGCAAAUGAACAUGCAACAGAUGCAACAAAUACCAUGAUUAAGCAUGUCCUUGAAAAUGAUUCAGAAGCAUUAGGUUUGCUGAUCAAUGAAAGAUUUGUGAAUAUUCCAGCACAGAUAUCUGUGCCCCUGUUAGAAAAUUUAGUUUCUGAAAUAAAAAGAGCAAACAGCAAAAAGAUGCCCUUCAACUUUUCAUACUACAUAUUGAUCUGUAAAUUAUACAAAACAGAGGAUAAAGAUUUGGAGAAGAAAGUGACACACAAAAAGAAAAAUAGUGCAGAGGAACCAACUAUAAUAUGGAGUAAUCCAGAGGAAGAGAUCUUUGCAGAGGAAGCAACAGUCAGCUUUGAAUUUUCAGUUGAGAAUGAAUCGGACACUGGUCUUUCAGGAGCUUGGGGGAAAUCAGAUAAUGAAAUGAUGCCUUACAGAAGGGUACUGUUGUUUGAAAGCAGUAAAUUACAACCAAUUAUUGGUAAAAUAAAGAAACAUAUUUCGUAAUUAGUA